AUGCGGUGGCGGCUCCUGUCUCGCCCCUCAGCCGCUUCCUUGGUGGCGGCGCUAGUGCUGCUGUGCGAGGCUCCGCCGGGGGUCCAGCCCUCUGUCAUCCCUACGAAAGGUGGGCCCGGCUGCCCGGCUUUGGCGUCGAGGAAGCCGGCCUCGGGCAAGGUUCCCCUCACACCAGGGCAUCCCGAAGGCCGGCAGAGGCCGCUCUUGCUGCUGCGCUUGCGCGCGACGUCCUCGUCCGGGUGGGGGGGGGGGCGGGAGGGCGAGGAGAAAGCUCUCCGAACUACGAGUCCCGGCAGCCACCGGGUCACGUCCGCAGAAGCUGACUUUUACGCUAUAUUUGAAAGCGGCGCGCGCGCCCUAGCGGGGACGCUGCUCACAUUGCUGGGCCACGUGCAUCUGCCGUGAGGGUUCGCUCGGGCGGAGGGCAGAGCAGCGAAGCCCCUGGCCCUUCCUCCCAUCCGCUGGCAAAACGGCGCUGGCAGCAGUUGGCGGAGUCGGAAAGCCCCUGGGCUCACGGCUGGUAUCUGCGAACGAGAUUGCAUGGGUGUUGUUUUGGGGGGGUUAAAUCUAGCGGGGAGGGUUCCGUUGUUGAAGUAGCCAGGCCAGCGGGUGGGUCAGGCCAGUGGCCUGGAGUGAGGAGGACAGUGGGAGAGAGUGUAUUGUGAGCUGGGCUAGAAGCAGGCAGAAGAGGGAGAGCCCCGCCUGGUUCCAGCUUGAAUCCAAGGCUGGGGCUAUGGGAGAAGAAAACCCUUCUGGGGUGUUAAUGCUUGUGAGCCCCUCCACUUUGGGCCCAGGUUAAAUACAGUGGUACCUCGGCAUGUGAACGGGAUCCGUUCCGGAGCCCCGUUCGCAUCCAGAAGCAAACGUAACUAGUGAUGGCACGUCUGCGCACGCGCGCAUCACUUUUUGCCACUUCUGCGCAUGGUCAUUCUGAGCGCACGCGCGAGCGGCAAAACCUGGAAGUAACACGCUCCGUUACUUCCAGGUUGCCACGGAGCGCAACUCAAACGCACUCAACAUGAAGCAUAUUCAACCCGAGGUAUGACUAUACAGUGGUACCUCGGGUUACAUACGCUUCAGGUUACAUACGCUUCAGGUUACAUACGCUUCAGGUUACAGACUCUGCUAACCCAGAAAUAGUGCUUCAGGUUAAGAACUUUGCUUUAGGAUGAGAACAGAAGUCGUGCUCUGACGGCGCGGCAGCAGCAGGAGGCCCCAUUAGCUAAAGUGGUCUUCAGGUUAAGAACAGUUUCAGGUUAAGUACGGACCUCCGGAACGAAUUAAGUACUUAACCCGAGGUACCACUGUAUAUGUAUAUUAUACCCUCAAACAGUGCUAUUUUUCUAGGAAAGGGGAUACUGGAACUCACCCUUGUUCUCUUAAGAAUGGCAAUGGCGCCCACCUGAGAGGUACCUGAAUUGAGUUCCAGGGAGUUCCAGCUGAGAAAAAAAGCCCCGCCCUCAAGACACCACACAGGCUCCUGUAUCCCUCAUUCCAAGGAAACCAAACCCUGGGUAAAGAGAGGGAAUCUUGCACAGCUCGGAAGUUGGGAUGGCAAUGCAAUAAUACAUUAAUGCCCAUUUUUCUGCCAGUCUCAUUCCUUUUAGCAUUACAGUUCAGUUCUACCUUCCUAAUCUCUUUAACACUGAAUUGCCUCAAAUGGCAUAUUGUUAGCAAUGAAAAUAACAUCCUUUUACUUUAAUAUCAAAUAAUGAAAACAAAACAUAAUCUACUUGCUUAUUCAUGUAUUUCUGAUGCUUGUUUACCAAAUGUGUCUCAUGCAGUAAACAUACACAAACCAUUUCUCUUUUAAAGACCUUAUUGCUCUUUUUCUCUUAAUGUUAGAAAUUAAGUCCUCUAACACUGCAGGAUAAUGCACUUCAUAUCCUUUUUCAAUUCCUUUAAAAAAAAAACAAAAAAAAAACGUUUCAGUGGGGGGAACAUGGAAAAGUGCAACACAGUCUUCAUUAAGUUAUGCUAUCUGUUUAAUCUUACUUUGAAUUUCACUCUUUAUCUCCUAAAAAUAUAGUUUGACUUCUUUUUUCUGAAUAAAAUUAAGUAAAGUUUAGAACAGUCUUUGCAUGCUUAUGAGUUCUUCACCAGCUGGAAUAUUGCUCCUUUGCCACUUUUUUAUCUGAAUGCCGCAUUUUAUGAGGCACUUAACAAGCAUGACUUUUCACCAGUUUAACUGUGUUUUGUUUCUAGCUUGUGGAACAAGGCCUAUUGUGGAUGAGAUACCAGCAGGGUCUCGGAUUGUAGGUGGACAUGAUGCUCAACUUGGAGCAUGGCCUUGGCAAGUCAGUCUUCAAGUUUUCCACUUUGGCAUAGGAUAUCAGCAUAUGUGUGGUGGAUCUUUAAUUAACCACAACUCAGUGCUGACAGCAGCACACUGCAUUAAAGAGUGGACGUAUGUAUCCUUUGAUUCUGAAAGUUUUCCUAUCAAUUUUAGGUGAAAGAAAAAUAUGCAAAUACAUUGGCUGAACUUGAAAAAAUCUGUAAAACAAUUAAAUAUUUGUACAUUAUUUGUGAAUCCAUCUUGUCUCCCUGAACUGGUUUGUCAGACUAGACUGCAAAGGUACUGCUUAGAAAGUUAUGGCGUGCGUUUGUUGCAUCUGCUGCCUGGGAAAAAAUGCUAACCUGUUCAUGAUGAUAAGAUGCUUUCUUGUUUGUCCUUUUAAAUUCUGCUUUGCAAUAUUGAUCACGCUCACCCUUAUAAAAAUUCUGAAUAGUCAGCUUUACCCUGGCUGUAUAAAGAGUAUAUAGCAGAAAGGAGGAUGAUUCCACAUUUUCCUGAUAAUCCUUUUUAUUCAGUGAACUACACUGGUUCUCAGUGCUCUUAACAUUGCACUCCCCUUUUUUAUUUUGCUCACAUUGUUUUGUAGCAAGGGUCACAAAACUUUCACAUAGAUCCUCUUCAAGCGUUCAUAAUUUGACUGAAGCUUGGGAAGGGGAAGAGUGUGCAUUAGCAUUUUUCACACAAGUAUAAGACGCUUCCUCAGACAGUUUCCCUGGAACGCAUAGAGGGAGGUAGAAGGUUUAUUUUGGGGCUGGGGACAGACAGCUCCGCUUCUCCUAUGCUUACUUUAGCCACUUUUGGAAUACCUGAAGAGGGCUAUACUAAAGUAAAGGUAAAGGGACCCCUGACCAUUAGGUCCAGUCAUGACUGACUCUGGGGUUGCGGCGCUCGGCUUUAUUGGCCAAGGGUGUUGGCGUACAGCUUCCAGGUCAUGUGGCCAGCAUGACUAAGCCGCUUCUGGUGAACCAGAGCAGCGCAUGGAAAUGUCAUUUACCUUCCCGCAGGAGUGGUACCUAUUUAUCUACUUGCACUUUGACGUGCUUUCGAACUGUUGGAUUGGCAGGAGCUGGGACCGAGCAAUGGGAGCUCACCCUGUCGCGGGGAUUCGAACUGCCGACCUUCUGAUCGGCAAGUCCUAGGCUCUGUGGUUUAACCCACAGUGCCACCCACGUCCUUUAGAAGAGGGCUAUAGUACUACAGCACAAAAUACGCAGAAUUGACUUGUUACCAUCUUGCAUUCAAGUACAUUAAUAAUGAUUUUAAAGUAAAUAAUAGGUGUAGUGAUGGUAAAGUUGGCACUCUAACCCACUGCCCCUGCUGCAGUCAAAAUCUGGAUUGAGUGCGACCAUGCCUGCUAUUUACAUGGAUUAAAAACCUCCCAUUCAUGCCAAUGGAAGCUAUUCUAAUAAUAUUGGCCAUGGUUUCUAGUAAGCAGCUUGGAAUAGCUAUACCCAUAUGGAUUCACAAGCCACUUGCAUAGCUUCUCUCACUUUCAAGAGGUCAGCAGUUUAGGCUUGGACAGCUGCUGCUCAAGAAACUGCUGUGGGAACACACACUUAUUCAUGGCAUUCUUUGGCUAUGAACCUUAUCUUCUGAGUUGCUGUGAUUAUUUUAGUUUUCAAAAAGAACAGCUUUCGAUGAUUCUGAGUAGAAUUUGCAUAGGCAGUAAUUGGCAUGAGAAAACCAGUCUUCUGCUGAAUGGCUCAGAUAGGAAAAGUAUUUGCACUCAUUAUUAAGCACAGUAAUUUUGUCAGCCGGAUAGUUCAGUUGGUUAGAACAUGGUGCUGAUAACACAAAGGUUGCGGGUUUGAUCCCCGUAAGGGACAGCUGCAUAUUCCUGCAUUGCAGAGGUUUGGACUAGAUCUUCAGGGUCCCUUCCAACUUUAUGAUUCUAUUGUACUGUAUCAUUGUAAGAUUCCAAGUUUGCUUGAGGACAAUUCUUGAAUUUAAUUGAUUUAUUACUGUUGCACACGUUACGAAUUUGUUUUAAGAAGUAUUACUCUUAUCUGGGCAUAAUAUAUGUGUUACUUGUUACAUUUAUGUUAUCAUUUGGAGCAAUCUCAGCCAUUCUCUCAUCGUCUGAUCAAAGUCUGGUUACAUGCUUAAUGGUUUUGCAGGGGAUGUGAAGGAAGAGACAACUCUCAAGUCUCAGUCUGUAAAGUUGCAAUUUUAUAGUGAUCAUUGACUCCACAAAGGAUUUUAUUCUAGGUUCCCCGAGUUUUGGAAGGCUGUGUUGGGACUGCAUCAUCUUUAUAGGUACCAGCCUUAUACUGUGAAGAGCCGGAUCAGGGCUAUCAUUAUGCAUUCCGAUUUCCAGGAGAAAACCUUUGAAAAUGAUCUUGCCUUGUUUAAAUUAAUGGACUCUAUCAGAUUCAAUGAUUAUAUUCAGCCCAUCUGCUUACCUGAGGCUCCGCUUCUUAUGACCAAUGAUACUUCAUGCUAUAUAAGUGGUUGGGGGAAAACGCUGGAAAGAGGUAAAUCUAUACUUUUCUUUUGUUGUUGCCAGCAGUGAGAAAAUAAACUUGGAUUUAGCCUGCAUGUUCUUUAUUUGCAGUGGAUGGAAGUGAUCUAGGAAAGGGUUGCUUUGAAGGUAGAGCUAUGCAAAUUCUUGGCCCCUUCAGUGAGAGGUCCUUAUAUAGCUUUAGGAGGUAAUGGAGCUAAAUAAAAACAAGAUUUACAAUCCAAAAACCCAUUGAAGUGGGAAUAUUGCCCUCCUCUGCCGAAAACAUACGCAGAAGAUGGAAGGUUAUCCCCAGACUGUUGAUAUUGAAUUGCUACUUCUGGGAGUCAAAGAUACUGCUGCCACUUCACUACAACAGCAAGACAACUUUUGGGUGUACAGUAUAUGUAUCUCCAUCCAGUGAAGAGAAUAAACAUUUACAGCAAGUCCAGUGUUCCUACCUUCUUUAGUAAGAAUUUUGGAUGGAUGCUAUCCAGCCAUGAGACUGAAAACAUCACCCCUAGUGAGGUACUUUUCUAUGAACAAUUGUACAGAGCACUGCUUGUUAGAUCCCCCACAUACUGAACUGAUAUUUUCAGUUUAUAGCACUGAACAACAGAAGAGAUGUCCCAAAUGGGGAGAUCUUUUAGCAAAGUUGUGCCUCAUGCACUAGGCAGAUAAUAUGCCUUUACGAACCUUGGCAAAAUGUCCUUGAAACUUUUUCUGAACAAAACGAACAACCCCACUUGCUCUGCAAAUGUGCCACAAGUAGGAACAUAGAAAAUUGCCUUGCGCUAGGACAAACUAUUUGUUUCCCAUUUCCAUUAUUGCCUUCUCUGACUGGCAAAAACUGCCGGGUGCCUGGCAAAGGUCUUUCUUGAAUCACCUGCCUUUGGCUAGAGGUGCCAGAAAUUGAACAUAGGAUCUUGUGCAUGCGCUACCACUGAGCUUCAGCUCCACCUCUGCCUUAUCUUUUCCUUUGUGGUGUUUUAAGUUUAUAACGAAAAGGAAGGAACACUUUCUCUUGGCUACUGUGGAAGCAACACAUAAUGGAUGUUCCUGCACAGAUAAGCAAUAUCUCCAGUUAUAAUCAGCUAAAAUAAACCUUCAAGCCUAACACUUUCAUGGGUUGGUGGUCUCAAAAGGCUUCUUGUAGGAGCUCCAAGAUCCUUAUGCAGAUUUCAUAGGUGAUGAUAUUCUUAUAGUUGGAGAAACUUCCAUAAGGUACUUCAACUAAAGAUAACCAGAGAUUAUCUACUACCUAGCACAGGAUCUGGGACUCUGCAUUUGAAGGUGCUUGGAUAAAUACCAUGUUCGAGUUUUCCCUCUAAUUGUUGGAGAGUUGGCCCUGUGUCAGCCGAAAUGAAAUGUUUCCUGUUUGGGAUUUUUUUUUUUGCCAGAGCCCCUUUCACUCCUUUUUGCAGCCAGCUCGGUUUCUCUGCUCUCAGCAGACAUGUGGUAAAAGUUUACUUUGUCGGGGACAGAGAAACUGUCAGGUGGAUGAAUGUUGCAGCCAGCAGUCAGUACAACAAAAUCGUUCACAAUGCUGUAAAAGCCUUAUCACCUUGUGAACCAGGAAGUUUUUUGCAUAGUCUUACCUUCAAAGCUGGUGGGAAGAGUAAACCUACUUCAGAAUAACCACUUCUAGUUGUGGUCAAGUAAGUUUAGUGAUUUCAGGUAAGUUUCUUUGCUGUAAGUGCAUUUAGGGCUAUUUCAAACAUUGCUCAGAGGAUGUGCUAGAGAAUGGCAAGCUAGGAGUCACAGUUCUCUGCUUGGCAUACCUGGGUGAUACAACAAUUUGUCACAUUCAUGCAUUGUUUAAACAUAUACUAAAACUUCAUAGGUACAAUCUUAACCACUGCAAUGUGUGAAUAGCUCUUCCUUUCCCUGUGACCUGUUUGUAGCAAACAGUCCCACAAGUCCGCUUUUGUCUGUCUGCAAUAAUGAUGUAAAGUUCAACUUCACUCAUGUAAUUAGAACGAGCAAACUGGGAGGAUCCUGGCUGACAACUUAAUGCAGUGCUGGGAUUAGUCCUGGUGAUGGUAAUAUUCAUCCAGCCACACUGACUACCCACUUUGAAGAUUGUGCUGCUGGAAAGAUGAAAGGGGAAUAGGGCACACUCAAGGAUUAAGGAUAGUGUAUUCAAAGCUUUGUAUGCACCCGGGGUCUGUGUUAGCUGCUGAACAGUAUUCGUUACAACUUCAAGGUGUUGGAAGGGUUCUUAAGCUUCAUUUUGGCAACAAUUGUAGAUUAUCUGGUUCUGCACAGGAAAUUUAGAAAAUCUAGUGCCCAGUGCACUAGAUUUAGGAAAAGUAUACUGGCCCAAAAAUUGCCAAUAUAUAAAGCACUUUUGUGUAUUGCUGUGUAUAUCAGGCAACAUUAAACAAAAAUAAGCUAUUUCCAGCUUUGUCUUGUUUUCCUUACAGGUGGAAAAAGACGUGUAUUACAAGAAGCCGAAGUAGACAUUAUUCCAAUGCAGCUCUGCAAUAGGAAUGACUGGUAUGGAGGGGCACUCAAAAAAGAAGACAUGCUUUGUGCUGGCUCUGAAAGUGGAGGUGUUGACACUUGUCAGGUAAAGAUGUCAGGAUGUGUAUGUCAUUUUAAGACAUGACGUAUCACUAUAUACUAUGGGUGUUAGGUCAAGUUAUUGUUUUGUCCCUUAAUAAAUAGCAGUAACACUAAAGCAGUUAGGAAACCCAAGACAUUCCUUGAAUUCUGAGUUAGAAUUCUAUUCCUCUGUCUGUUUCAUGGUUAUAUAAAACUUCAUAAGGAAUAUGCAGAAUGCAGUCAAAGCAUAGAAAUUGGUAUAUGGUACUUCAUGUGAUAAAAUAAGACAUUAAGGGUGACACUGUAAACGCCAAGCAAUACCUUAAUUUCAUACUCUUAUUAGUUUUUUUAUUAAAGAAUUUUCAUACUUCACAAGGGUGCAUACAUCUGUUUUCAAUUCAGAGUCCUUUCUCACUUUCGGUGUCAGAAAGGAGGUAGGGAUUUUUCAUUCUUUUGUUUAGUGUAUGUGCAGUGUGUUUGUGCCAGUGUUGCAAGGAUAGGUUCUUUGAUUAUGUGUUUGUUUUUGUUGACGGUGUGAGAGGUUUGAGAGCCCAGAACAUGGUUAGUUGCAUUUAGCUGAUUGCAGUGAGUUUUGUUUGUGAGUGAGGGGUGUGUGUGUUGUUGGGUCACAUUAGGCAUAUUGAUUUAUAUGCUGCCAGGGGGGUUAUGUUGUUGUCUUGCAGGGCUGUAUAUGUAAUAAAGGGAGUGGGGCAAAUACAUCCUCUUUUGUUUGCCCCUAUUAGUUUCAGUUUGCUGGUUAGCUUUUCUUGUAGGGCUGUUUCCCAAUAUAGUUUGGUACCAGUGGUCCAUGUUUACUCCUGACAGGUUCCUCCAGUGUCUAGUUAUGACUCUCCUAUCUGCUGAGAGUAAGUGGCUUAAGAGUUCUUUGUAGUGUGAGUGUGCGUUGUUGUCUUGGAAAGUAUUCAAUAGGGCUAGUUUUGGGGUGGCUUCUCACACCUGUUUUAUUAGUAUGCAUAUUUCUUGUAGGACUGAUGUCCAAAAGGGUUGGAUUUGGGGGCAGUUUUAAUCUGAAAUCUUAGGCGCAGUACUGCGCCUAGAGCUCAGAAACUGCUUGCACUAAUGAAAUUCCUUGUCGCAAAACGCACUUAGAAAAAUGAGUUUCGAAUGCUGUCUAAAAUUAAGGCUCGGUGGUGGUGGUGAAAUAGUCAGAAUAUUUAUUUUCAAUUGGAUCAUUUGCACCACUUUUGACAGUUCAUGAGAAGUAACAUCGAUUGGGCCACAAUUUUCUGCAGCCUAAAGCUUAACAAUAACAAAAGAAACACUCAUAUCCUCAUCUUUAUUUUUCAUGUUCCAGGGAGACAGUGGUGGACCACUUAUGUGCUAUUUCCCAGAUGCCACCAAAUAUUACCUGAUAGGAGUCACAAGCUUUGGCCUUGGCUGUGGCCGACCAACAUUUCCAGGAGUCUAUAUACGUACAGCUCGUUUCAGGAGCUGGAUACAAUCACAAGCUAUUUUAUUUGACAAAACCAUCACUAUGACCAUACCAUGUAUUCUCAUCUUUUUAACUGUGGGAUGGGUAAUCAUCCACAGUGUUCUAUAA